AAAUAGAUUCUCUAAAUACAGAAGAGUCAUAUUAUGCUUAUCUUAUAUAGAUAUUCAUUUGUAGAUACUCUGAUUUAUUGACUCUUGCUUCGGAGUUGUGAUUGCUGCAAUACCGACGGGGGUGAAGAAUCGCCGUAUAUUCAGCCAGCCGGGCCAGAAACUAUUUGUCAAAGAUCUAAGCAUACAGAAAUUUAGAGGGGCUAUGAAUGUCGAAUACUGUCACUAGUUUCACUACUUAUACGAGGCUCUUUUGAGUGAUGAGAUUACUAAACAUGCGCACCAGAUUGGGAAUUCCCCGCCAAAUAAAAUGAAUGCCAAACGCCGGUCCUUUGAGAGCCAUUGAGAGCCAUACUUUGAAGGCAAUCGUAUAUAUAGAAAUGAUUGAGAAUUAUACUUUUCAAUUGGCUUAAAUUUGGAUUUGGCUUGUAAUUCUUUAAGCCUUACAGUCUUAUAGUUAUAAUAUUAUGUCAAAGUACGGAUUUGAAAAGAUCUCUAGGGAUAUUAAGUUAGCUCUCCCAACCCCCGUUGCACCAACAGCUCAAACUAAUACUGAACUUCCAAAGUCCGCUUUAGCAACGUUUGUUCUUAAGUAUGUUGAAAAGGAGUUACCAGCAGAAGUCUUGAAUCAUUCUUUAAGAGUAUACUUAUAUAGUAAAGCUAUCAUACAUGAUCAAUUUCCUAAAUGGGACUUAGAUCUUGAAGUCGUUUUUGUUACUAGUUUAUUACAUGAUAUUGGAACUACUACUAAAAAUAUGGCUGCUACAAAAUUAUCAUUUGAAUGGUAUGGAGGUAUUAUUUCUAGAGAUUUAGUAUUAGAAGAAACUAAUGGUGAUAAAGAUUAUGCAGAUGCAGUUGCUGAAGCUAUUAUUAGACAUCAAGAUUUAGGUGAAUCUGGUUAUAUCACUACUCUUGGAUUAAUAUUACAAGUAGCAACAAUCUUAGAUAAUGUUGGUUUACAUAAUCAUUUAAUUCAUCCUGAUACUUUAGAUGCUGUAAACAAAAGAUUCUCAAGACAAGGUUGGCUUAACUGCUUUGCCAAAGCCAUUGAUAAUGAAAACCACUUGAAACCCUGGGGUCAUACCAGUGCUCUUGGUGUAGAUCAAUUCAGAAAUGAUGUUUUAGCUAACAAAUUAAACUAUGAGAAGUUAUAGAUAUAUAUACGUAUAUGAAUUUUACAGUGAUUUUUACUUUAUA